AUAAUAACAGAACUUUUAAUAUAAUAUAUUCUUUGAGUAUGUCAAAAGAUUAAACUCAUCAAUAUUUUUGGGACUUUGUAAUUUUAUAAUAUUGUUUUGUUGUAGUUUUGGGUAAUUUUCAUAUAAGUGUAAUGGCGCGCCAUGCUAAUAUUGCCACUCAAAGUCAAGCCUCUAGUAUUUGGGGCCAAACUCAGAGUCAACCCAUAGAGAAUAUAGUCUGGGGUCGUUUGUAUGGAAAGAAUAUCAAAAUGAAUUCCAUAGAUCUAAAUGCCGAUGAAUUCGCAGCUGGCAGAGGUGAAACUUGUAAUUUAAUGUUAACUUUGGACUAUUUGCCAGAAAAAAUUCUAUAUCGCAUAUCGAAGAUACAUUUUACAUUGAAGCGGGAAAAUUGUGAUAUAUCUAAUCCAGUUUAUAUUGAAGACAACUCUCGUAAUGGGACAUUUAUAAAUGGUGAACGAAUUGGUAUGAACAAAACAAGAAUUUUGAAAAACGAUGAUGUUAUUUCUCUUUGUCAUCCUACGAACAAAGCCUUUGUAUUCAAAGAUUUAUGUCCAAACGAAGCACUGGGCUUACCAAAAGAAAUUACAUCCACUUAUUAUGUAAGUCGCAAAUUGGGUUCUGGUGCUUGUGGAUUAGUCCGUUUGGUAUUUGAUAUACGUUCAUGUGAGCAGUUUGCAAUGAAAAUGGUAAAGAAGAACCUACUAAGUGAAAGUAAUGCUAUCAGUCGUAACAAACAAUUAAAUUCCAAUGACCCUGAAAAGGUUCUUAAUGAAGCGAAUAUAAUGAAGAGUCUUUCUCAUCCCUGUGUUAUCAAAAUGCACGAUAUAAUUGAUAAACCCGACUCUGUUUAUAUGGUGCUGGAAUUUAUGAAGGGGGGUGAUUUACUGAACCGCAUUAUAACAAACAGAAAUCUCUCAGAACCGAUAUCCAAGUUAUUUUUCUACCAAAUGUGUCAUGCUGUUAAAUAUUUACAUGAUAAAGGCAUAAGUCAUCGGGAUUUAAAACCUGACAAUGUAUUACUGGAAUCUUCGAACGAGGAAACUUUAUUAAAAGUUUCCGAUUUUGGUCUAAGUAAAUUUGUGCAGAAUGAUUCUGUCAUGAAAACGUUGUGUGGAACACCAUUAUAUGUAGCACCUGAAGUGCUACAAACCGGUGGACGAGGGGCUUAUACGAAAAAAGUAGAUAUCUGGAGCCUUGGUGUAGUUCUGUUUACUUGCCUAAGCGGUACUUUGCCCUUCUCGGAUGAUUUUGGUACACCUGCCAGUGAACAAAUAAAGCACGGGCGUUUUCGCUUUAGUCAUCCUACAUGGAAAAAGGUUUCUCAACGUGCUACUACACUUAUAAAAGAAAUGCUGAUGGUGGACCCUAAAAAACGACCAACGGUUGAUGAUGUUCUGAAGAGCAGUUGGCUUAAAGACAAUGAAAUGUUACGUAAAGCUAAAGCGUUAAUGCAGUUAAAUACAAUGGAUAUUGAUGAGGAAGAUGAAAACUUUUUACAACCACCUAAAAAGCGGGCCAGGAGAUGAACUAUUAUGUUAUUGGUAAAUUAUAUUUGUUAAGGCAAGUCUAUUUUAUGAACUGUUUUCAGUGUAAUCUGUGUAUCACAGAAUUAAUUACUUCUUAUAUUAUUGUUUAAGAAAAAUGUAUUUUAAUCUAAAUAAGAUCGCCGCAAAGUAACGCUGUAUACGGCAGAUGAUACUUUAACACUUGAUAUUUUUUGAAAUACUUAACUUGA